CUGUAUACGGUUUUCACCAUAAUAUGCUCUACCUCACUAUUCUUCUCUCCCCAUACUCGUCAAGGUAAGGACACUGUCAACAAGAACCAACAAAGAAAAGUGUUGGUACAAACCAAAAAAAACACACCAAAAUGAGUGAUUUACGAUUCCUGGAUUUGGUAAAGCCAUUCGCUCCUUUUUUACCGGAGAUUGCUGCUCCUGAACGCAAAGUCCCUUUUAAGCAGAAAAUGCUUUGGACAGGUGUUACGCUGCUGAUCUUUUUGGUCAUGUCUCAAGUUCCUCUUUAUGGCAUCGUUUCGUCGGAUACCUCAGAUCCAUUAUUAUGGCUGCGUAUGAUUUUGGCUGCAAAUCGAGGUACUCUUAUGGAAUUGGGUAUCUCUCCUAUCGUUACUUCUAGCAUGUUAAUCCAGCUUCUCGUCGGUUCUCAGUUAAUUGAAGUCAAUAUGGAAUUGAAAUCCGAUCGAGAAAUGUACCAAAUUACUCAAAAAUUUUUGGCAAUUAUCAUCGCGUUUGGUCAAGCUACCGCUUAUGUUUUAACUGGAAUGUAUGGUCGACCUCAAGAUCUUGGCGCUGGUAUUUGUCUUCUUUUGAUUCUUCAACUCGCGGCCGCUAGUUUGAUUGUGCUACUUUUGGACGAGCUCUUGCAAAAGGGUUAUGGACUUGGCUCUGGUAUCUCUCUCUUUAUCGCUACCAUCAACUGCGAGAGCAUCUUUUGGAAAGCCUUCUCGCCAACUACGUAUCAUAUUGCCAACGGAGUUCAAUUUGAAGGUGCUGUAAUCAAUUUUGUUUAUGUCAUGCUCAAGUGGGAUAACAAGCUGUCUGCUUUGUAUCAAUCCUUUUUCCGCACUGGUCUUAGUAGCAGUCAUAUUCAAUUACCCAAUCUUUGGAACUUUUUUGCUACUCUUAUGAUCUUUGGAGUUGUUAUUUACUUGCAAGAUUUUCGCGUUGAAAUUCCUAUUCGCUCUCAAAAAUUCCGUGGUUUUCGCAGUACUUUCCCAAUCAAGCUCUUGUACACUUCCAACACUCCCAUUAUGUUGCAGUCUGCAUUAACUUCGAAUCUAUUUUUGGCCAGCCGUCUUUUGUUCAACCGCUUUUCUGAUAACUUUUUGAUCCGCCUCUUGGGUGUUUGGGAACAAAAUGCUGUCUCUGGUCUUUCCUACUAUCUCUCCCCACCUUCUUCUUUCCAAGAUGCUCUUAUUGAUCCCAUUCAUACUUUGGUUUACGUUGUAUUUACCAUGUCGGCUUGUGCUGUCUUUUCCAAGCUUUGGAUAGAAGUUUCUGGCUCUAGUCCUCGUGAUGUUGCUAAGCAAUUAAAGAGCCAACAAUUGGUAAUGGCUGGAUACCGUGAAGGAAGUAUGUACAAAGAAUUGAAGCGUCUCAUUCCCACUGCUGCUUUGCUUUCCGGUGCCUGUGUUGGUGCCUUGGCCGUCACUUCUGAUCUCGUUGGUGCUUUGGGCUCAGGCACUGCUGUUCUCCUCUGCACUACUACCAUUUAUGGCUAUUAUGAACAGUUACAAAAGGAAAUUAAAGGCGACACUUAUGGUUUACCUGUCGCUCCUAUGGCUCAAUAACUUAUUUCACUCGUCAUGAUCAAACUAUAAUUGUUACGAUGGAGUUGUACAUAUAAAGUACGUUUCAGUAAUCUUGGUUACUGGAAUCCAAAAUUAUGGAUUCCUAAUUUAGGUCAUAUAGAACAUGUGUCUGAAAAUCUAGAACUUCCUUUUCACCAUCAUAUUAAAAAGCUAAUCAAAAUAAUUAUGUAUCUAUACGUUUAUGUAGUAAAAGCAAUACCAAAGCUUGCAAAAAUCUCUUUGAAUCUUUUUCUAUGGUACACAGAUAUAUAUACCAUCUCUAUUACUUUGUAACAAUCGUCACCACGUCUCCUUCAUGCACUAAAUGAUUGAGACCAACCAAUUGAGGACUAUGUUUUGCAGAGCUUCCCCAAACCAAAGCAUAUUUGAGUUGCUCGGCCAAGCUUCUGUGAAUUCGGUUGCAAACCUCGUUUAUAUUUGAGCCUUUACGAACAAUCAAUGCUUCACUGAAGUCAGGAGCUUCACCUUUCCGUUUGGUAUAAACUCUGUAAAGAUUGAGUUCUUCCCAAAUUCUUUGCUUCAGAAAAUCUAAAUUCAGAUUCAAGUUACAGCUAAUUACAACAGACUUGGGCAAACGGGCUAGUCUAUCAACCUCUUCCAAAGAGACAGCAUCAAUCUUGCUAUAGCAAUAGAGACAAUUUACGUACCUCCGGUUCCCCAUCACUACAUCAAUAAAGUCAUCGACAGUUAUAUCUUCACGAAUCAGGAUAUCCGCGUUGUGAAGCUUGUAUUCAUGAAGAAUGUUGUAAGCCAUUUUAUAGUCCAUAUGGGUCAAAGGAACGGUAUGAUUAAAUUUGACGCCACCGUUCUUUUUAAAAUUAAUGGUAACGUCGGGUCUCUUUUUGUUGAGUCGAACACCAACCUGCUCAAGUUCGUACUCGAUUUUUUCACGUUGGUCUGCAGCUUUCGUGGCAUCCAAAACCACAAGAAUCAAGUCAGCUGUUCUUGCGGCAGAGACUGCUUGGCGACCACCUCUUCCUUGAGAAGCUCCUUCAAUGAUACCAGGAAGAUCUAGCAUUUGAAUUUCAGCGCCGUCAUAUUCUAAAACACCGGGGAUGGCCGUUAACGUCGUAAACUCAUAAUUGGCAGUAGCAGAUCUGGUCUUUGUAAUUGCAGAAAGAAGAGUGGAUUUACCAACCGAAGGAAAUCCAAUAAAAGCAACUCUAGCAUCGCCGCUUUUUGCAACGUCAAAUCCUUCACCUUUUGGUCCUGGUUUUGAGGUAGGCUCAAGUAACUGAGUACGAAGUCUUGCAAGUUUUCCCUUUAGCUAAAAAUAAAAAUUUUGUGAUAUUCAGUCGACUUGUUUUUUUGAGUCCGGCGCAUUUCCGCCUCAAUUUCUUGAAUCUAAACGGAUUUUUGUUAAUAACUAAAAUAAUCUCUUUCUUACCUUUUCUGCAACACCCAUUUUUGCUAUAUAUGGUUGUCUUUGCUUAAAAGCAGCUUUUUUUCAAAAUUUGUUGGAGGGUUAUGUUGUGGAAAAACAACAGAAGAGGUUACCAGAAUCCAUACACAAACUUGUAUGUGUAAAAGAAAAAUAAUGAAUGUGAUUUUAUUGAUUUAAAAGAAAAUUUAAUUUCUAACUCUACCGUAUACGACUCUUAGUUAUUGUAGUUAAGAAAUGCUUGC